CUGAAUACAACAACGCAGUGCUUGGGCAAAGUGUUCGUAUAUUCUGCCCCAGAACAGGACAGACUGCGAGCUGUUCUGAGCAGGAUACAAGUGUUAGAAAAGCUGUGAAAGCUGCUGGAUCAACAGAGGCUGAACAUGGGCGCUGUGGUUGGACUGCUGCUGCUGCUGAUCGGAGUCUCUCAUGGUUUGGAAACAUCCUGUGAUGGCAGGAAGAAUGGAGCUCAGUGUUAUGGAGCUUUGGGAGGAACUGUGAACCUCCAGCUGAUGGACAGUGCCUCAGAAAUAUUUAGAUAUGAAUGGUCAAACAAAUCAACUAUAAUCCUCAUUGGGUCAAAGAAUAACAUUAGAAGUAAUGUAAUAUCAAGCAGAUCUGUUUUUACUCCCAGUAAUGGAACAUUCAGGAUCAAUGAUCUGAGCAGGAAUGACAAUGGAGAAUAUAAACUUAAAAUGGAGAAUGCAGAUCUAGAGAACUUAGGAGAAAGAACUCUACAUUUGUCUGUUCAAGCUCCUGUGUCCUCUGUGCUGCUGGUCUCUGAGUGUCUACAGGGAGAGAUGAGGGUGUCCUGCUCCUCUGUGGGAGGAGACCAUCCUCAGUACAACUGGACUCUGGAUGGACGUGAACUGACAGACGAUGAGCUUCUCUCUGGAAAUACUGAGUCUGAAAACAUCACUCUGAAAGCAGAUGUCUCAGGAUAUCUGGUCUGCUCUGUCAGGAAUGAUGUCAGUGAUGUCUGUGGCUCCACAAUCAAUAAUUGCACCUCAUCCAAUGGGACACAAAAAUGGGUCCAUGAAUCCAGUGACACUGUGUGUAAUAAACCAACAACAACCUCCACCACAUCCACAGUGGGUAAGGAGACGUCAGCUACACCCUCAACUAAUAUCACAUCCUCCAAUCAAACAGACACUUCUGGCAGAGAUGAUUCAUGGUACAGUAAGCUCCCGCUAAUAGGCGGUGUGCUCGCAGCACUGCUGAUUCUCUUAAUUGUCGGCGUCGCAGUCAUCUGUUCUCAGAAGAAAAAGCAAAGCACUAAACCAGAAGAGGAAGGAGAUGACAAGGAAUUAACCUACGCAGACGUCAAGUUCAUGCAGCGACCGGGGAGGCAAGUGGAGCCAAGGGCAGAUCUGGAGGUGGAGUACGGCCAAGUCAGGUUUUCAGAGCGACCUCAGCAGACGGAGCUCAGGGAAAAUGACUGUGUGUACGCCAUGGUCAGUAAAAGCAGGUGAUCUGAAGUGUUUUCAGAGCUUUUACAAGGACUGCACCACUGAAAGCAAGUAGAGAGAGGGAGAAGAGGAAGUUAAGCUGCCUGGAGGUUUGUCACCUCAAAUACGAGCUGUCAAAGCCCCUAUAUGUCCUGGUUUUGUACAUUUACUCUAAACACGUGAGCUGUAAAUGGGCAUCAAAGCAUCAAGUCACUUUUAGGCCUGAAUUCCUGGUUAAAGAGGUUAUACUAGCACUCCUGUUUUGUUUUUUUGUAAAGUAGUCAACAUUUUUUUUUAAGUAUUUCAUAAUUUUUUUACCCAGUUUCUGGGUUUGUAUGAUGCUGUACCUUUCAGUUUUUGUUUGUCUUUAAUUUAUAGGCAUAUUUAAUUUAAAUUUUCUUUUUUUUGGACUUUCUUUACAAUGUAUUUAGCUUUAUCAUUUUAAUGAUGGCAGACAUGAACAGUAUUCGGGCAUGCCUGUUUUCCCUUCAUCUAAAAUAGCUGCUUUUAGUUUGACAGCAUAAGACUGAAAUAAUAAAAUUUGCCAAAAAUAAUAAUAACCAAAAAUAAUUCGGUGCUGAGCGUCUCGGAGGAAGUGUCACAAUCAGUGAUACCAUCUUUCAUCCGCCUUCUCCUUUAAGAUACAUUUGCAGUGAAAUGUCUUGCAUUUUGGGACAUUCACGCUAAGCAGUAAUUGUUUCCAUGACGCAAACACUUUGGCUUUUUUCUGAACUUUCAUUCUCACGAAACUGGUUUAUCGGUUGCUUUUGAAUCAGUUAAUGGUCACAUAUCCCCUUGGUGCAAAGUUCAAUAUGCAAAGGUUGUAAAGUUGUAACUGUGCUACAUUCUCUAAUAAAUAAAGUUUCAUUGGUUUUGUUUAGUAAAUGCAAGCUUAAGAAAUA